UUAUGUUUUUGAAGUGUCUGUGAUGAGGAUUUAGAUAAAGUUAAAAUGAUUACUAGAUUUAUUAUAAAACAAUUAGUUUAUUUGCACUCAAUUUCUAUUUGUGUGGGAUAGUUGACUUGGGCUGCGAUAGAAAUCUUGAACUCAUUGAGCUCAUUGUUGAAUAGAAAACAGCAGUGAGCAUGCAUCUUGGGAAUGGAAGGAAAGAACAAUGGGACUUUAUAAAAGUGAAUUUUUGAGUGUGUGUGCAUUUUGCUUAACUACAUAAUAUUAAUCAUUUACAACAUUUAGAUCAAUGUGGCAGUAAAAUGUUUAAAGGCCUGGAAUGACAGGGCCUUCCAACAGAUGCAGAUGGAGUUUAUCAAAGAAGCUAAUGCAAUGAGUUUAUUGGAUCAUCCACACAUUAUCAGGCUCUAUGGCAUUGUGCUUUCUGUUCCCAUGAUGCUGGUCACUGAACUUGCGCCACUUGGCUGUCUGCUAACACGGCUCAGAGAUGAAUCCCAAAAUUUCACCAUCAAUGGUCUGAGUGACUUUGUGGUCCAGAUAGCAUCAGGAAUGGCAUAUCUUGAGUCCCACAGGUUUGUUCAUCGGGAUCUUGCUGCUCGAAACGUGUUGCUGGAGUCUUAUGAGAAAGUCAAGAUUGGAGAUUUUGGAAUGAUGCGUGAACUAUCUGAAGAAGACGACCACUAUACAAUGCAACCCAGUGGGAAGAUUCCAUUUGCCUGGUGUCCACAAGAAGUUCUUAAGUUUCGCAAGUUUUCCCAUGCCUCUGACAUGUGGGCUUUUGGAAUCACUAUGCUAGAAUUAUUUUCAUAUGGAAUGGAACCUUGGCCAGGACUGAAUGGAGCUGAGAUACUGGAAAAGGUGGACAUGCCAUUGUGUGAACGACCCAAAAGACCUGAUCACUGCCCGACAGAAAUCUACAAUAUCCUGCUGUCACAUUGCUGGGCUCACGAACCUCAUCAGCGAGCAAGGUUCAGCAUGCUGAAGAAGAUGGUUGAUGAGGCCCAUCCUGUGAAUGCUGCUGCUGUUUUCCCAUAUGAAAGCAAGUGCCAACAAAAUCUGAGUUUCCAGGAAGGAGAUAUUAUCACAUUACUUGAAGCUAGUCCGGAUGUUUCUUGGUGGAAAGGACAAAACAUGAGGACAAAGCAAGUUGGAAUGUUUCCAUCAGAACUGGUAGAGAGUGGAUUACGGAGAGCUGUGUCACCAGUAACUCACAGGACAUCGCCAAAGCCAAGAAGUUCCGUUAAACAGCGUAGCAAACAGUGUAACCAGCGUCCGAACUGUGACUGUGGGAGCGCUCACAUCUACGAGACUCCAGUCCUCUUGUAUUCAUCUGAACUGUUUUCAACUGGUAGCAGCAGAGGCACGUCUUUCUCUUGCCGGUCUGUUGAAAGCGACCUAACGUCUUCCACAGAGGUUGACAGUGGAUAUUCAUCCAGUGUUGACAUCAGGAGAUUUAACUCUUCGACUGGUGACAUUAGUCCCGACCAGCAAAAAGCAAACUUCGAGGCUUUGUAUGAGAAUACAAGCAUCCGAAAACAAGACGCAAAGGCUACAGUGUAUGAGUUCAUGUCGCCGCCAGCUGGGCAUGUGUCUAACCCCAUACCCAUUCCAAACCAGGGUACAGGACAACCAAGGUAUUCUAGGGAGCAGCAUGGCACACAGUCCUCUCCUCCUUCAACAGACCAGAAGUGUUCUCUGGACUUCAGCAACUUUGGUGAUCCAGAGUUGUCUGUUGGUAAACCAACCUCUCCUUCUCUUUCUACAAAGAUUUCAACAUCACUCCCAAGCAGCUCAGUUGUGCAAUUCGAAGGCAAACCUCGACGGCUCUCCAAGACAUUCUCUCCACCGACGGAGAAACUGUCUCCACUGAAAUCUUCCGUAGGCGAAACGUUUGCUCAGGAAAUGCUUACGUUCCUGACAGGAGUUGGUGGUGCCAAAUCGAAUGAUUCUUCUUCAAGUAAGGCGGAAGAAGAGGACAUUUAUGAAGAUUUGUCAAGGCCAUGUGCACCAGUUCCAGCUUUUCCAUCAGAAAGAGGAGGUGGACCCCUUUCUUCAAAGACCUCCCUUAAAGCAAACAAUGCGCAUUCAUAUGAGAACCAUCGCAUCUCAAUUAAAGAACAAAGCACUAAGAAACGUGAUCAGAACAGUCAACAGGAAGCUGCUGACCAAGACAAGGUCAGGUGCAAUUCUUCCUAUCUGUUGCAAAACGGCCAUCAGCUUAGAGAUGCGCGUUGCAAUACUUGGCCCACACAGCCGAAUUAUGACAACCACAAAUUGAAAGAUGCUGAUGCAGCCUCUUCGUCAGGUAGUCGUUUCUAUGACAACCACAAGCUGAGACCUUCGGAGACCACUUUGCGGUCUUCUGAUGCAUAUUGCGACAACAGGAAGAUCAAGAACGAGGCGUGUGAUUCUACUGAAGCUUCACGCAAAGUAACUCGUGCUUGCUAUGAGAAUGUCGAGCUGCAAACCGGUAAGACUACAGCAAACAAAGAAGAGCACUCCCAAGAAGCUAUAGCCAACUGCAAACAAGAGAAAGAGAAUUCUUCAGACAAAGCUCGCACCGCUGAACAAAGAUAUGAAAACUGCGUUCCUAAUCCAAGACGCACAAGUCACGGAAACUUCACACCGAAAGUAUCGCAGAAUGGCAAUCUGGAGAGCGACCAAAAAGACGUUAGUGAUAGUUUGUAUGAGAAUUGUGAAAUUGAAGGCAAGAAGAAGGAAAGCCAGGAUGAAGAAACUUUGGGCCUGACAAUCCCAAGAUACCAGGAUAAAAAAGACAGAAAGCUUUGCCAUUCUCUACCGACAAACAGCCAUUGCGUUGGAGUGGUGCCUAAUGAGCUAGAUGGAUUCGUGAGAAUGAUUUUGGAAAAGCGCAGCCCACCGGCUUUAACGAGAGUAGGAAGUGCUGAUGCUAUAACCGUUGACGCGGAUAAAGAUGAUCCCUGGAGUUUCGGGUUAGAUGGUGACAAAGGCCAUAAUGUGGAUUUUCAAGAUCACCCUGUCCCACCUCCACGAUGGAAACGAAUUGCACGUAUGAAACGGACCCAGUCCCUUGUAGGCUCCUCACAACACCGGUGGGAAAUGGCCGUGAGCCCUGAACUUGCAACUGUUUUGAAUAAAAGAUUGAAUGGAACUCUUGCUGGUGUGCCUGCUGUGUCAAGCCGGGAUACAAACUCAAUGAGUGAUCCACCGAAAAAAGCACUGGGGAUCAUGAAACCAGCUUUGCCUCCACGUGCUAACAAGAAUAGUGUGGUCGUUGCUAAGCCUGUUAGAACCAGUAGCAACGCUUAUGAGAACGUUACCUUACCAAGCAAGCCUUGUGGAAAGGAAACCUGUCUUCCUGAGCUUCCACCGAAGGUUAAACGAUGUAAAGAAAACGGCACCGUCAAAAAUGGCAGUCUGAGUUCGAGAGCGUUGCAUUAUGAAAAUGUGCUUGGAGUAAAUGGUUUCCAUGUUGUUGCGAAGAAGAACGUUGAGGCACAUUUCGAAAGUGAUUCUCCUCCUCCACUUCCAAAGAAACUUUCUCAGACGAAGGUACCUCCUUUGAUACCGUGUCGACCUGACCUUGAACAAAAGUGCUAGAAGUUGCAAGCAGUGUGACUGCAGUGUCUAUGGAACACAUGAACGUAAGGCGUUGCGUCGGUUCAUAAAAGUGGUACAGUCUGUUGCAGGCACAACUACCUGAAUGAAUUGCGGUGCAUUGAAAAGUUAGUCCGUGACCACUCUGUGCCCAUGUGGGUAGCCGUACAUUCAUGUUACAUUUUCUCUACAGAGCUUGUUUGUUAGAACGCUGAUACUAAAGCAAGAUUUACCAUAUUUACAGUAUGGGCAUAAUCAAAGCUCAGAAAAUGAUUGAGCCAAAGCUAAAAGAACAACAGAUACAGUUCGUAAGUUUUAGCGUUGAAUGUCUGCUUCAUACUGACUUGGGACUGGCUUCAAUCCUGUUUUGAACUAUGGGCUCGCGAUUUAAUUGUAAAUAUAAGGACUAUACAUGUAGUUCUACAAUUCGUUUGAAUAGUCCGCAUUAAUGGUUAACUUUACAUUGUAUCCUACACACUCGUCUUAGACAGUAAACAGUCAAUUCAUUGCUGGAUACUCCUUGUAUAGAUUCAUUAAUCUUACAUGGACAGUCUGUCCACAGGUGAUCUCACACAAAAAAGAUCUCCUUAACGCACAACAUCUAGGAUACUGCCCAACAUGUAACAGAUGUCUAGCCUAAUGACUCACUGAAUCUUUCAUGACAGUAGUUAGAAUAUUUUAGGUGGUUGAGAACGUAUAAAUUACAUCAUUAUUAAAUCAACGUUAGCUAAAAGGUGCAAUAUUGAAAAUUAACACACGGUAAAUCGUGCAAUAUGUGUUAGUGUACAUGCUAUAGAUGUAGAUGUUUUUAUAAAAUGGACAUGCGGUUCUUGUUCAAUCAGAACUGAUAUUAUGCUCACGUUGAAAUAAUUCUUUUUUAAUUAAUUAAUUAUUUUAAAUUGAAAUGACUAUAGAAGUUUAUUUUAUAUGGGGUACCGGUAGAUUUAUUUUUGUCCAUUUACCAGUCGAGCUGGUGAGGUCACAUUUCAAUUUUAUUUAGCUUCCGGUAACUCAGUGUAUAUAAGCUCAGCAUUUCUUUGUUGGCUUUAACACAAAUGCUUUAUUUUAUGUUUAUUUAAGAUCAUUUUAUUGACAUAGUACGUAGAUGUACAUAGCUGAGGAAAUUAAUGGUAGCCAAGGAAGCUUCUGUCCACAACUGGUUUGCGCCUUAGAAGCUUCUUUGUAAUUAAUCCUGUAUGACCCAAAGUUGAUCAAGGUCUUAUUUCUCCCCAGUAUCACUGCGCAGUCAAGCACAGAGACCAUGCGAAUUGAGAAAAUGAUAUCCUAACAGAUUGAGGAUAUUUUCUGAGUAGAUGUCGUUGAAUUAAGAAUUAUUUUACAGGGCUGUCAGUUUUCAUGAAAAAGGAAAGGAAAGAAUGAAGAUCAUGGAAGAAUCAUGGCAUUUAUUAUCUGGUCUGGAAAAUUCUAAAGUUCUAAAGAAAAAUUAGUGGAAAAUUUACUAGUCUUAUUUUGGUCAAUGAAGUGUUUUCCGGCCAGGUUUUUGACUUCAUGGGUAACUUCCUUGUCUUAGUCACUAGCAGGCUGACAAACUUUUUAAGGAAGACUUUGUAAUCUUGGCGAGAAUGCUUCAUUCAGUUUUCCCCACUCUGAAAUUUGAUACGUAUGUCACUGCUCACUGUGUGAUAGUUACGGAAAAUAUGUUAUCCUUCAAAUCAAGAUCUGAUAAUUGUGCGUUUUCUUUUAUUGCCUACUACCUGUCUGAUUGGCAAUGUGUUGAUAUUGUACGGAGAGAUAAGAUUUUGAUCACCUAUGGAAAUUAUAUGUGAAGUUUUUAGUUUCACUAGAGCUUUUUUCGAUUGUGUCGAAAGUAAUCAGGCAAUUACUUUGGUUUUGAUUUUCGUAUGGUUUGAGAUUGGCUGAAUAGUCUGGCAAGUAAUUGGUUUGGUUUUGGUUUUACGACACUGAGUUGAAAACCUCUCUAUAUUAUAAAAUACUGAUUACAACAAUAACACAGAACAUUUCGCAGGUGAAUGUUGCCGCCUCAAGAGCGAGCAAAGUAAUGACGAAGCGUCAAUAUUUUCGGAGGCUAUGUCUCUUUGAAGUUUAGUAGUUGUAUGUUCAACAGUUCUAAUGGCUAGAGAUUUAGUUCAGUUUUCUAUUAAUAUAAUUAUUGAUUUGUUAAGAAAAAAACAACAACAGCACUUUUGUUCCUUUGUAAGAUAAUUGUAUGUUUUAUUUGUUUCCUGGAGUAUUAUUCCCAGCUGGUAUUUAAUGAUCGUUAAUUUUUUAGAUUAUUUGUAGCAGAGGUUUAAAUGCCUUCAACGGUGUAUUUAUUUAUUUAUAUAAAAUUAAAUGAAUAUUUUGGGGGUAUUUCUUUUUUUAUCUUUUUUUUCUCAAGUCACAAGUGUCUGAUAUAUAGUUGGUUUCAGGUCAAGUGUGCACUGGCGAAACAGCCCGGAUCCUGAACCGUUUUUCUUCAACUCAUUGACGCUAAUCCAGGAUUGAGACUUUGACAAAUUUCAAAUGCUGUGGCCUUGAAAAUGUUAUUUUCACAGCUACCAUUUUGCUGAGUUUAACGUCAGUCGAAACUAUAGCCAGAACACCUCACUGAAAAGUUACAAAAUGACAUAGGAAUUCGACCUAAUUCUGGAAACAACUGGAUCCCAGUGUAGAUAGUAUAUUAAUAAUACGAUGCGAUAAUAGUCCAAUACCUUAGAAAUAGAACAAUGUUCGUUAGGUAAUACUCAAUUCAGUAGCAAUUGAAAUAAAACGCAGUAACACAUUA